CGUGCGCAGUUAUACAUAACAGUUCCCAAAGAAGACAGAGGCGGAGGUUGAUGACGUCACGGCAAAAAAAAUGGAGAGAACACACAUGUCGGCUUUUGCCUUGUAUCAAACACUACCGGAGGAACUGCCGCCCCCCGCUAAGAAGCGUUCAUUGCAGGUGACCCCGACAAAGAAGAAAAAGGAGAAUGGGGCUGCAGAUGCCAACGUCAACAUUGCUAGUCCUGCGAAGAAGAAGAAGAAAACACGGAGGAAAGUCAAGCGCCAUGCAGCAGGCGCAGGGGAAACAUCAACACAGACAAUGGCUGAUGUGCAGGAGGGCCCAAACGCGGGCGAGGAGACCUUAGAUGUGUUCCUGGCCGGGCUGGCGACAAUGAACAGCAGCAAGGAGCGUGCCAGCAAGCUUUUCCAGUGGCUCAUCGACCCCGUUCCCGCCAAGGCCUUCUUCAGAGAAACAUGGGAGAAGAAACCCAUUCUUGUUCAGCGUAAAAAUCCAGAUUACUACAAGGGAUUAUUCUCCACAGAAGAGUUUGAUCGCAUUCUACGACAGGAGGAUGUUCAGUAUGGAGUCAAUCUCGACGUCACAAGCUACACUAAGGGCAAGAGGGAAACACACAACCCCCCUGGGAGAGCUUUGCCCUUCACUGUGUGGGACUUCUAUCAGAGCGGCUGCUCCCUGCGUAUGCUGAAUCCUCAGGCUUUCUCCUCCACCGUCUGGAACGUUCUGUCCAUCCUGCAGGAAUUCUUUGGCAGCAUGGCGGGGGCCAACAUGUACCUGACUCCGCCCGGAACACAAGGAUUCGCCCCACAUUACGAUGACAUCGAGGCAUUUGUCAUUCAGCUGGAGGGAAAGAAGCACUGGAGGGUGUACAACCCAAGGUCAGAAGACGAGGUCCUUCCUGUGCUUUCAAGCCCAAAUUUUGACCAGGCGGAGAUCGGGAAGCCCAUUCUCGAAGUGGUCCUGGAAGCAGGAGAUCUGCUCUACUUUCCUCGCGGAUUCAUCCACCAGGGCGACUGCCUGCCGGACACACACUCCCUGCACCUCACCGUCUCUUCCUACCAGAGGAACAGCUGGGGGGAUUUACUGCAGAAGCUGGUCCCGGCCGCACUCGAAGUGGCCAUGGAAGAGGACGUGGAGUUCCGACAAGGCUUGCCCUUGGACUACCUCUCCUACAUGGGCGUGCAGAAUUCCGACAAGAACGAUCCGCGGAGGAAGGACUUCUUCUCCAAGGUCGCCGUCCUGAUCGGCAAGCUGAAAAAUUUUGCGCCGGUCGACGCAGCCGUGGACCUCAAAGCCCGAGACUUCCUGCAGGACUGCCUUCCUCCAAAGCUCACUUCAGAGGAGCUGGCCUGCAGUGUGCACGGGGCCCCUGCUAGGUGGGAGCAGGGGCGGGUCACGGACACAGGAGCGCAUUUCACAAGCCAGACCCGGGUUCGCCUUCUUCGUGAAGGGUGUGCCAGGUUGUGCAGUGACGGAGAUGUCGUCCAUCUUUACUACACCACCCACAACUCCAGAGUUUAUCACAAAGAAGAGCUGAAAAGCUUUGAAAUAAAACCCGAGCACACAGAUGCCGUAGAGUUCUUGAUCCAUUCGUAUCCCAAAUUUGUGACUGUAGGAAGUGUUCCAUGUACUUCGCAGGAUAAGAUUUGUUUGGCAGAGCUGCUUUUCGAGAAGGGGAUUAUUCAGACUGCAAAGAGUCUGUAGUUGGUGUCAACAUUUGACAGAAAAAAACUCUUAUCUAGUGUAAAACUAGCAAUUCAUGGUUGAAUGUAUACAAAGUGUAAUUUAAAAUACAUUGCCAAUGGACGAAACCACAAUAAAGAGUAGGUGCGCCAUCUAGCGGAGAAGUUGGUACUUUACAGUUUCACCACCACUUUAAAUUGGCAACAUUUGAUUUAUUUUUUGGUCCAAGUACACAAUAAUAACUGACCUUUUAAAAUAAUGUAACCUUUUUGUGCACAAACAUAUUUGUAAUAAAAACAAACACAGGUUUUAUGGUGAACUACAUUUAGUUGAUACAACUCAAAAGAAAGAUGUGAGAAUUGUUAAACGUUCUAAUUUGAGAGGGACAUUCGCACUCCAGACGUAAAACGCACGCGGGGAUUGUGGGUUUACCUCCAGGUCACCUCUUCACCAGGCUUCAGCUCUCUGUUAAAAACACAGAAAUAUCCAACAGUACAGUCAGUAACAUGUCAUGUUUAGGGCUGCAACCAACGGUUUGGAUUUGUACUCUGUUGCUUCCAUUCAUCGUUUAAUGUGACUAAUAAAAAUAUAGAAAAUCUGGAACUGCUAAAAGAAGGUAUAACAAGUUAAAUGGUAAAUAAACGUAAUAGAAGUAAUUUAAAAGGUAAGUAAACGUACUAGAAGUGGAUUAAAAAGGUAGUAAAUAAAAGGUCAAUUAACUUAAAUAGAAGGUAAUAGGUUAAAGAAAGACUACAGAAGGUAAAAGUAGUAGAUGGAAAGUAAAAGUAUUAAAUAAAAGGUAAACGAAGGAAUAUAGAAGGUAAAAAAAUAAAUAAAACAAGGUAAGACAGUCAAAGACAGUAAAGGCAGUAAAUAAAAGGUAAAUUAUGGUAAUUAAAAGGGUAAAGUCGAAAGUAAAAGAAUAAAUAUAAAAGGUAAGAUAAAACAAGGUAAAAGACGGUCAAAUAAUGUAAAUAGAAGGCAAAAGUAGGAUUAAGGAAUAUAAAAGAUGAAAGAUAAAACAAUGUAAAAGAAAGCCAAAGAAGGUAAGAAAAAAGUUAUAUUGAAGGUACAUUGAAGAAAAAGGUAGCAAAUAAAAAUGUAAAUAGAAGGUAAAAAAUUAAUGUAGAAGGUAAAAUUCAAAUAAAAGUACUAAAUAGAAGGUUAAAAAGGUAAAAGAAGCAAAUAGAAGGUAAAGACAAGGUAAAUGAAGGAAUAUAGAUGAUAAAAGAUUAAACAAGGUAACGACUGUCAAAUAAGGUAAAUAGAAGGUAAAUAUCAGCUUAAAGAAAGUAAAUGCAAGGUAAAAUAGUAAAUAAAAGAUAAAAUAAGGAAUAUAGAAGGUAAAAAAUGAAAAUAUAAAAGACAGUCAAAGGCAAACAGAAGGUACAAGAAGGUAACGGUAAAUAUAAGGUAAACAGAUUAAUGUUAAAAUAAGAAAUAACAAGUAAACGUAGUAAAUGGAAGGUAAAAAUAUUAAGUUAAAAGGUAAAGAAAAAGGUCAAUGAAGGAACAUAGGGGGAAAAGAAGACAAAACAGUAAAUAGAAUAUAAAUAAAUAGUAAGUUUAAAGGUAAAGCAAAAAUAAUAUAGAAAGUAAAACAAGGUAAGGGAUGGUCAAAAAAGGUAAAUAAAAGAAGGUAAUGAAGGUUAUGGCAAGUCCAAAAGUAUAUACUUAAACUCUUGUCCCAAAAAUGCACUUUGAACACACUAUAAAGUGUGUUUUAUCCCAAUAAUUGAGCAAACUCAUCGAUAGACUUAUUGAAUACUAAAAUAAUCAAUAGCCGUAGCCCUAAUUAUGUUAUGAUUCAUACCUGCUGUACAAAGCACUUUUGUUCCUGAAAGCGGUCAGCUUCUGGUCCUGUAGUCUGUCACAGUACCAACCCACCACAAAGCUGAUGGGCACGAUUAUCUGCAUCCAGUGGACCCGGGCAAACGCUGCUAAGUUCACCAUGAUGCUGCAAGGAUGCAUGGAGAGAUUAAGUAUUCUGCUUUUCAUGACCCGAUUGAGAAACAAGUUUCAUGAAUGGAAAUUGAAAAACGACUGCUUUAUUUGAAUGUUUUUUUUAAAAACAAAAAAGGACAUUUUAAAAACAGUGUUUUUUUCUUUUUUGGUUUCGAAAAGCAACAAAAACAUCUAACAGCGGUUUAAUUUUUAUUUUAUAUUGCAUGUAACUAACAUUUGAAUCCCUGGUAAACAAACGAUAAAACAGACAAAAACGGAUGUUUUUUUCUUAUUCUGACAACGGAAGUUUUUAUUUUGAAAGUAAAAGCAGAAAUACUACAGUACUUGUGUGCCUGGCUAAAAAUGUGUUUGGAGCCCUACACAAUAAUGAAUUUAAACACGACGAGGACUGACAUCUCCAAAAAUGUCUACGCACAUAUCAUACGAAAGUGGAGGCAAAACUGAUUUAAUC